GGUGUCAAUAAUGUUGAGCAGCAAUGUAAACAACAACAAUCAUCAUGAUGAUGAUGCUUCAUCAUCAGUUAUUAAACAUUAUCAUCAAUUAUACAACUCUGCAGUAACUUCCUGUACAACAUUAAGUUGUCUGGUCAUGGUGGAACCAGAUGCUUGCACUCCUCUUGUUUUAUCAGUACUGCAGAUCUUCAUUAGUAGAGCCAGUACUGCAAAUCAUUCUGGCACUGGAGACAUUACACUAGUAGUGUCAGUAUUGCAGGUCCGUCUUGCAAUUCUAUCAUAAAGGUCAUGUAAGUGGCACAAAUAUUGAAAUAUAGUGACAGUACUAUUUAACUAGUACCAGAAAUAAACAGUCACUGUGCCAGCACCAGUGUCGUGAAGCUCAUAUAUAUGUGGCAUAAAUGCUGUUGCUCCCUCGCUUUUAACAACCUGUGUUGAAACUCGUCUUAUUGUUCAGAUUUUUUUAUGUACAACAUUAACAGAUUGUAUUAAGAACAUUUUCGUAAAAAUUAUUACACUCUGUAGCAACAUCAGUGUGAAGUGUUUAACUUUAUCUCUAAAGAGGAAAUACUAAAUUUACCAAAAAUUUUAAUUUUUAAUAAUUGUUCAGCUUGCAAGACUGUUGCCAAUGUUAUUUAUGUAACUAGUAUUAUGGUGAAAGUACUAUUUGUGUGACCAUUGUGCACUAGUAAUAAUAUAUGACUGGUCUUAUAGUGAAAGAACUGUUUGUGUGACCAUUGUGCAGCAGUAAUAAAUGUUUACUUGGUAUUAAAUGGGAAGAACUGUUAAUGUGACUAUUGCAUAGUAGUAAUAUGUACCUGGUACUAUAUUGAUGGAACCAUUAAUAUGACAGAUACUCAGUAGUGACAAAUAUAUACCUAGUAUUAUGGUGAAAGCACUAUUUGUGUGACCAUUGUGCAAUAGUAAUAAAUGUAUGGUGAAGAUGCAGGAAAACAUUGCAACAAUAAUGUGAGUGUUUAGGAAGAACCUAAACUGCAGCAGAGAAAAUAAUUCAGUGUUUGUGACCUGAAGAUUAUGAAUUGAGUUUUGUAACAUGAAAGAGAAUUUAUGCAAAAUAAAGAAAAUAGAUGUGCAUUAUUUAGAAUCUCUUGAGAACUUUUGCAACAAAUAUAUACAGUGGACCCCUGGUUAAUGAUAUUUUUUCAUUCCAGAAGUAUGUUCAGGUGCCAGUACUGACUGAAUUUGUUCCCAUAAGGAAUAUUGUGAAGUAGAUUAGUCCAUUUCAUGCCCCCAAACAUACACGUACAAACGCACUUACAUAAAUACACUUACAUAAUUGGUUGCAUUGGGAGGUGAUCGUUAAGCGGGGGUCCACUGUAUAUGCACAGUAUUUGAGAAUCCUUAAAAAUAGGUGUUUUACUUUCAGUGAAUUGCUCUUGAUCCAAGGAAUUAAAGCUGUUAUCUAAUCCCUUCAAUGACUCUUGUUUCCCAGUCACUCUGUGACCCUUACAGGCUUAGUGCUUUCUCAUGUCCAUAAUACACUUAAAGAAAUAUUGGUUUUCUUCGUAAUUUCAAAUUCACGUAAAUUUCUUCUUAUUAAACACUUAAUAAUUAUUAAUUCAGUGUUUACUAUGUCUGAAAUACUCAAGGUAUAUGCUCAAGCAACACAAAUUGUAGUUCACCCACAAGACAAACUAUAUCAACAUGCAGAGUCUCUAAAACACUCCUCACAAAAUUCUCGAUGUGUAUCUCGAAAGAAAAUUCAUAAAAGCAAAGAAAAACAUCAGUGUUCAGUUUGUCUAAAAGAGUUUUCUAAAAAAUAUAUUCUAAAAAAUCACAUGAGAAGUCAUACUGGAGAGAAACCAUAUCAGUGUUUACAAUGUCAAAAAAACUUUGCCUACCAACGUGGUUUAAGAAGACAUAUGAGGAUUCAUACUGGAGAGAAACCAUAUCAGUGUUCCGAGUGCCUAAAAGACUUUUCCCAAAAGUCUGCUUUAGUAGAACACAUGAGAAUUCAUACUGGAGAGAAACCAUAUCAGUGUUCAGAGUGUCAAAAGGAUUUUUCCCGCAAAAGUAGUUUAAUACAACACAUGAAAAGUCACACUGAAGAGAAGCCAUAUAAAUGUUCAGAAUGUCUAAGAGAUUUUAGUUGCACACAUUAUUUAAUAAGACAUAUGAAGAUUCAUACUCAAGAGAAACUUUAUCAGUGUCCUGAGUGUCUAAAAGAUUUUGCCAAAAAGGAUAAUUUAUUAACACACAUGAGAAUUCAUUCUGGAGAGAAACCGUAUCAGUGUUCAGAAUGUCUGAAAGACUUUAAUUAUAAGCCCAAUUUAAUAAAACAUAUGAAGAUUCAUACUGGAGAGAAACCAUAUAAGUGUUCUCAGUGUCUAAAAGACUUUUCCCAAAAAUGUACUUUAGUACAACACAUGAAAAUUCAUACUGGACAAAAACCAUACCAGUGUUCAGAGUGUCUAAAAGCAUUUUCCCAAAAAUCUGUUUUAGUAAAACAUAUAAAAAUUCAUACUGGAAAGAAGCCAUAUCAGUGUUCAGAGUGUCUAAAAACUUUUUCUCUAAAAUCUAUUUUAGUAAAACAUAUUAAAAUUCAUACUGGAGAGAAACCCUAUCAGUGUUCAGAGUGUCUAAAAGCCUUUUCCCAAAAAGUUCAUUUAGUAAACCAUAUAAAAAUUCAUACUAGAGAGGAAUCAUAUUAGCAUUCAGUGUCUUAACCCUUUGGGGGUCGGCAGGUCCUCUCAGAGACUUGUUCUUAGGGUCGGCCAAAUUUAAAAAAAAAAAAUAUUUUUUCUUAUGAAAAGAUAGAGAAUCCUUUCCUGAUCAUAAUGACACCAAAAGUAUGAAAUUUGAUGGAAAACUUACGGAAAUAUGCUCUCACGAAGUUAGCUGCCUCGACGAUGUUUACGCAUCGGCGAUUUUGCCCACUUUGAGCCCUAUUUUCGGCCAAUUCCAUUGUACUAGUUGACAAAAAUCAUAACUAUUUCGCUAGAACUCCAUUUUUUUCUAUCGAAUGAGUACAAGAAACCACCCAUUUACCAAUUUCAACUAUCCAAUACAGUGGUCAGAAUUGAGCAAUUUUGCCAAUUUCACACAAAUUUCAAAAGAUGCCAAUUUCCGAAUAGAGUCCAGAAUAAACAAGAAAGACAUUCCUGGCACUAAAGUAACAUUUCCUCUGUUCAUUAGUCAUGUCCCCAGGCCCCUCUUACAUUUCUUUUCUUUUCCACUUUCAAUUUUUAUUCUCACAAAAAAAUAGAUUUACUGUUAUGCAGACUACUGCAUUUGUGUAGAAAUGGUAUAAAUAAUAUCAGCGCACUUGUUUAUAAUAUUAGACUCACCAGUUGGCGUGUAUUGGACACUUGGCAUGAUUUGUUUACUUUUGAUCUUUGGUAAAAAUCGAACAUUUCUGCUACUUUGAGCUCAAUUUCAAGGUACUUUUCAUUGUAAAAUCAGUCAAAAUCAUCUCGAUUUCUGUAAUAUGUCUUCCAUUCUAUAAAAUGAGACCGGAAAAACUAGAAUACAACAAUAAAUACCAUUCGAAAAUACAGUGCAAAGUCGCUGUUUUAACCCUUUGGGUGUCGGCAAGUCCUCUCAGAGACUUGUUCUCAGGGUCGGUAUUACAACCCAGGAUUCCAAAUGGCCUGUUGUCCUGGGUGUAAAGGGAGCAAAAUAAACACAGCAGAAAAGUUUUGACUUAUAUUAUCCUUCACCAAUUUAGAACAGAAGUAUGUACACUAUAUACACUAUGUACAGUGAUAGGUAUUAGUGCACUCCACGGUAAGCAAGGCAGAAUAGAAGCCACUAGAGAGCAGACCAUGCUUCAACCAGCUCUAGAAUGGGAAUGACAAUUGCAGACAGGAGAGUGGUACCCACAUAACCUCUGCAAUUGCCAAAACCAUCUUCUUAUUGGCUGGAACCUGGUUACUGGUUGAAUGACAGGGCCCCAUCGUCAACCCUCAGUUACCUGGUUCACUGGUUGGGGGAGAUAGCCUGUGAAUGAGGGUGUGUACAUGUGCCGAAUAAAGGUUACGUACUCUUUGCAUGCCACACCCCCACCCCGAGAAGGCUCAGGAUUAGGCUGCCACCUCCCAGUGGUAACCGUGCCACCAUGGCACAAAAUAAUGGGACCGCCUUUCCUCUCAACCGUCCAACUCCUAGAUAGAGCUCAGCUUUUCUCGUGACAAAAAGCCAAACCCUAAACUCAGAGCGAGACAGCAGACAGUCGGGCUAACAUAGGUCCAAGGUACAGGCGAACGGUAGCCCGUAUCCCCUCACUAAAAAAAAACCCACACCAGGGGAUAAAAAAAAAGAGCUUGGAAGGGGGUUACCACAAGUAACCUAACACAUCCUAACCUAAUAUAUAAUUAAAUAUUGUUAGACUAGAUAAAGAGUCUGCCAACAUAUUGUCUUUGCUGGCAAUAUAUUUAAUUCUGAGAGAGUAGGGUUGUAGUCUGAGCGUCCACCUCAUGAGCCUUGUGUUGUGGUUCUUCAUGGCUUGGAGAUAUACUAGAGGAUUGUGAUCAGUGUAGACAGUGAUCACCUGCGAUGUGUGGCCCACAUAAACAUCGAAAUGCUCCAAAGCCAGUACCAGCGCGAGGGCUUCUUUUUCAAUGGUAGAGCAAGCCCUCUGAUGCGGCUGGAAUUUGGCAGAGAAGAAGGCUACAGGCUGCAACUCCUCAUUCCCGUUUUGCAAUAGUACUGCCCCAACCCCAGACUCACAAGCAUCAACCUGUAAUGAGAAAGGUUUGGAGAAGUCUGGAGACAAAAGAAUGGGUGCAUCCGAAAAAAUAUCAGGGUAUGACUGUAGAAGCGCAGUUAAACUUGUUGCUUGCGUUUCAGAUAGUCCCUCCAUUAAAGGGCUAGGGUUCUUGAGGAGGACAGAGUUUGGAAGUUUAACAUAAACUUCAUGAAUAGAGUGCAAAGAAUCUGAGUCGUCCUCAGAGGUAGAGGGCAGAGUCAUUACCGGGACUUUAUCUGGUGUAUGAGAAGAUAUUAACUGAUUAAUGUGGUAGGUUUUAGUUUUUGAGGUCUUAUCAAGGGUAGCUACCACAUAAUUUACAUCAGAUAAUUUACUUACAAUUUGCAUAGGUCCCGUAAAUCUAGCUUUCAAGGUAUGGCCAGGUAUAGGUUCCUGCACCAACACCUUGUCUCCUGGAUGGAAGGAGCAGAAUUGUGCACUUCUGUCAUACCCCUAUUUCAUCUUAUUUUGAGCUGCCUUUAGGUUAGCCUUGACUAACUGACGUGCCACCUGCAACCUUGAAGACGGGUUGUAGAGUGUUGAGCUAACGUCUUCUCCCAUCCAUCCCUCUUUGAGCACCUGAAGAGGACCUCGUACAAUGUGCCCAAAGAUCAGCUCAAACGGACUAUACCCGGUAGACUCUUGCACCGUUUCUCGCACAGAACAUCAACAAAGGUAGUGAUUCAUCCCAGUCUGUAGGAAAAUGCAUACAAAAAGUUAUCAUGGUUUUUAACGUCUGAUGGAAUCUUUCCCAGGCACCUUGUAACUGAGGAUGAUAGGCAGUGGAUAAGUUGUGGAUUAUCCCUAACCUAGUUAAUGCUUCCCUAAAUGCUUUGGCAGUGAAGUUAGUACCUUGAUCACUCUGAAUAGUUUUAGGAAUGCCAAAACAAGAAAUAAAUACACAAAUAACCUGCACAUAAAAGAGAGAAGCUUACGACGAUGUUUCGGUCCGACUUGGACCAUUGACAAAGUCACACUAACCAGAAGGACGGCUAUAUAUAGGCAGGAAGAGGUGGUGGUAGUAGUAGCAGUAGUACAAGAAUGAUAUAUAAUACCAACAAGAUGAAAUUAAGACAAAUGCGCAACACCCAGGCAUCCCUAUCAUAGACGUUUCGCCAUCCAGCCAGCCACUGGAUGGCGAAACAUCCACAAUAAAGACAGUAGAUGCCAUACAUGUGUCUUAAUUUCAUCAGAAGUUGUAGUAGUAGUAGAAGAGGUAGUAGUAGUAGAAGAGGUAGUAGUAGUGGUAGUGGUAGAAGUGGGAAAUAAGGAGGACGAGCCAGUCAAAUACAAAGGAAGGGGAGCACUGCAAGAGAGCUAGGUGCCCACUGAGGGAGAGCAAGCGCACAGAGGUGCGUGAAAGAGGAAGUGGCGAAAUAAAUGAAGAAGGAACAGAAACACGAGACAGAAGAGAGAAAGACAACCCAGAGGAGAAAAGGAAAGAGGAAAGGGGAAGAGAGAGAAGAGGAAAAAGAAAAAGAAAAAAUGAGGAGUCAGGUUAAGUCACGGGUGUUCUGAAGUUUGGAGCAUUUUAUAAUGUAGUGGGAGAGGAAGGCAUCUACAGAGAUGAAGCCAUGGCUAAGGUUCAUACAAGGAAAGUUGUGUAUUAGAGAGGAUUCAACUAGAUGGCGACUGUUCAAGUUGGAAGUAGGGAAGACAGUUUUAGCAGAAGACCAGUCAAUAGGAUGGCUAUGAUCUCUGAUGUGACAGAAAAGAGUAUUGUUAGUGUCGGCCAGCCUAACACUAUUUUUGUGCUCCCUAAGUCUGUCAGAAAGAGAUUGAUCAGUUUCUCUGAAGUAUUGAAGAGGACAGGAGGAGCGAGAAAUAGAGUAGACACCAGGAACAUCUGUAGAGGGAGGAGUGGUAUGAACGAGAUUAGUGCAAAGAGUGUUAGUCUGGCGGAAGGUAAGCUUGAUGUCUAAGGGACGGAGAGAAUUUUUGAGAUUAGAAAGACUGGAAAUGUAGGGAAGGCAGAGGAUAGAAGAGUUCCCAGGAGUAGAGAGUUUGGGAGAGAAGAAAUUGCGUUUAGCACGUGAGAGGGCAGAGUCUGUGAAAUGGGAAGGGUAGCUAAGACGGGAAAACGAAUUAUGAAGAGUGGAAAUUUCUGCUGGAAGGAACUGAGGAUCACAGAUGCGGAGGGCACCGAGAAAGAGGGAGAUAAGAACACUUUUCUUGACAGGGGAAGCAUGAUAGGAAAAGUAGUGAAUGUACAUGCCACUGUGCAUAGGUAUUCGGUAAAUGGAAAAGGAAAAACCUGUAUCUGAGCGGUGGACCCUCUUCAAGGGGGCUCCUUGGUGUGGUGAAGAGGCUCUUGGUCUGAGGAAUUAGACCUGUCGGUCUCCUUCCUCAGACCGAACCUAAUUACCCCCCAAUCCCCCGUUCGCUAUUCCAUCCUCCCCAUCCUCCCCUUUUUCCUUUCCUCCUCCUCCUCCCCACCCCUCCCUUUUGCCCUUCCUUUUUGGCCUUUGGGAUUUUUUUUUUCCCACAGGCACGCUAGUUCCUAGGUAGGGAAAAGAGUACCAGGGUCCAUCCCAUUCCAUUGAGGUUCUUGGCAGCGGCGUAGUUUGCCGUGGAAUCUGGAUUGCCUGGGGAUGUCCCGAUCCCUCUCCGGUAUCCCGGAGGGUGGCUUUGGGUAUCUCUCGGGCGACGGGUGUAUCUCUGGAAGCCACCUUUCGGAUUCCGGGGGUGGUGGCCGAAGGAGGUAUGCUUUGUGGCAGAUUUCCAGCCACCCUCUCUUUUGUCCACCGAGGUACCUUGGCAGAUGUGAGGAUGCUAUCCCGGAUUGCCGGUUUACUGGCAUGAUGGGUAGGGUAUGGCAUGGGUUCCAUGCUGCAUCUGCGCUACUUGGGGUGCUGAGGUCCUCUUGGGUGUGGAGGAAGAUUUCUGGCCCUUUCAUUCCUCCUAGGAACUAUCCGUCCCCGGUCCCCCCUUUUUUUUUAUUCUUUUUUUUUUUUUAUUUUUUUUUUCUUAAAAACAAAAAGAAAGAAGUAACCUAACCAUGGCAGUCCUAGUCCAUGAACCUGCUACCCCUGGGCCCCUUCUUGAUACCGCACCCCGUUCUGACCCCGCCUCAUCUUGGGACCACUCUUCAGACACUCCUCAUGCCUCUGUACCUCUUGCCGGUGCUGUUUCCUCACCCGCUUCAGGUACUGAGGCCUCGACUGACUCCUUCGAUUUAUCUGACCUUCGCUCUCCUCUGACUAUGCUUCUGGCCUCUCCCUCUACGGUGCGGCAAUUUUCGAAUCGCCGGCCCAUUCCACGUUGGGCCAACUCUGGUCCCUCACCUAAACGCCAACGACAAUUACCUGCUGAUGAUACCUCUCCACCUUCUCGUUCUUCUCAGAAAAGAUCGACACAUACUUCACUACCUUUCCACGCUCGGUUUCAGACUGCACAAUGGACUAAAUUCUUCACUUUACGACCGACUUCCUCUACUGCCUAUCUUUCUGACCACAGUAUUGGCAAGGCACUCCUACGCCAUGUUGGUAAGGAUAUUUCUUUUCAUGCUCUUAAGAGCGGUACGCACAUCAUCACCAUACAGAAUACUACUCAGGCUCAUGAGCUUUCUCAUCUUUCCCAUAUCGAUACUGUUCCUGUCACUAUUGAAAAACAUCAUUCCCUCAAUUCUUGUAGUGGUACCGUCAUUCUGCCCCAUACCAUAGUUCAACAAAAUUUCCAGACAUGUGGCACUGACAUUCUUGAACAGCUGGAACUCCAGGAUCUCCCAAUCCUCAAGGUAGACACUUAUGUUCUUCCUGCCUGAGGGCAGAGACGAUACCCUAGCAAUGUGGCUCGUUUAACAUUUGACAGCCGUGAACUCCCAUCCUCAGUUUAUGUAGCAGGACAUCGGUUACAAGUUCGAAAGGUGAUCCCUACACCGCAACAGUGUAGAAAUUGCUGGCGAUUUGGCCAUCCAGCGAAAUAUUGCAGAUCUAUCACCGAAUGCCCGGUCUAUGGUGCCGAUGACCAUUCUAAUAUAUCUUGCAAUCGACCUCCCUCUUGCCUUAAUUGUCAUGAGGCUCACCCUUCGUACUCUCGCCGUUGUCAAGUCUACUUAAAUGAGCGGGAAAUCCGUUACCUCAAAGAGGCAGAAGGUCUCCCUUAUGCCAUGGCAAUUUCUCAUCUCCGCCUCCAAGGGAGACUACCUCGUGUUUCUUAUUCCCGUGUUUCAAAACGUACCCCUACUUCUGGGAUCCCAUCUUCUGCAACCACCUCUGUGGUUACCUCUCCCAUAGUCACUCCUGUAUCUAAUUCUUUUGCUGUCCUAGGCUCAGACGUCCCUACUUCAACGCCUCAGUCUGAUCUCGCUUCUUCGUGUUCUCCCUCACAGGCCUCAGUAGCGACAAGAUCUCGUAUGACACCUCCUCUUAAUCGUCCCUCUACUUCUCAAAAGUCAAAAAAAGGUUCGUUAGCACCUCUUAUCCAUCUUCCACCUCCUCAUUUUACCUCCCCUGUCUCUGUACCUGGCUCUUCCCCUCUCACUGGCUCUGUUACAAGUGUAGAGGUUCACCCUCCUCCUCAUACUGUACCUUCCUCCCCUGUUCCCUCCCAAGUUUCUUCCUCUUCUGCCACCUCCCAGGUUUCUGCCUCUUCUGUCCCCUUCCACGCUUCUCCAGUUCCCUCCACCCUUUUGCCCCCCCCCCUUCCUUGGUACAAUCCAUUACAGUUCCAAUCUUUACUCAUCCUCCCCCUUCCAUUUCCAAUAUUGUCUCCCAUAUGACGUCUCUGAAUUCUGAAACACUUGAAGCAAUCUCUGAAUAUACUGCAGAGACCAAACCAUCCUCUGCUCCAUCUACGCAACUCCUUUCUUCACAGCGCACCAUUCCUUCGCUGCUUGAAUGUUUUCCACUGCCUCCGCAUGUGGACUUUUCUAACCCCUCUAGUCCAUAGGAACCCUUACCUGCGGAUUUCAGGUAUCUUUAUCAUUGCCAAUAAUGGCCUAUUUACAGUGGAAUAUACGCGGCCUCAGGGGUAAUCGGGGUGAGCUUCAAAUGUUACUCUCCCAGUUUUCCCCUGUUGGUGUUUGCUUACAGGAACCAAAAUUACACUCUGCUGUUAUCUCUCCCAUCUAAGGCUAUAAUUUAUUGUAUUCUUCAGAUCCUUUUCCUGAUGGGACCUUUAAUGAAAGUGCCCUUCUUCUACGCACUGAUAUUCCGUACCAUCAGCUAUUUGUUCAUACUUCGCUGCAUUACACAGCAGCCCGUAUCCACUUGCAUAGGUGGUAUACACUCUGUUCUUUAUAUCUCUCUCCUUCUCGGGCAUUAUCUAUUCCGGAUAUUGCCUUUCUUGUUUUGUCAUUACCGCCACCGAUUCUAUUACUUGGCAAUUUUAAUGCGCACCAUUUCCUCUGGGGGGGGGUGUCACUGUGAUUCCCAUGGCAUUCAGUUAGAGGCUUUUCUUGCCACCCACCCCCUCCAUGUUUUAAAUACAGGUACUCACACCCAUUUUGAUCCUCGGACUCACAUUCUCUCUUGCAUCGAUCUCUCAGUCUGCUCUUCCUCCACCGCAUUAGACUUCACUUGGUCUGUUCUCCCGGACUUACAUGACAGUGAUCAUUUCCCAAUCAUUCUUACUUCCCCUUCAUAUUCACCACCUCUUCGCAUCCCACGCUCUCAAUUUGAUCAGGCAAAUUGGAACCUUUACUCAUACCUAACUGUUUUUAGAGAGGUUCCUUCUUCAUCCUCCAUCGAUGAGCUUUUACACCUCUUCUUGUCCUCUGUUUUAACCACAGCUUCUAAUUGUAUACCCCAAACUUCGGGCAGGCAUUCUCAGAAAUGCGUGCCUUGGUUGUCUGCUUGUGCUCGUGCAGUACGUUUGAAACGUGCUGCAUGGGGCAGGUACCGGUACAAUAGAACCACAGAGAGACUUCUUGAUUUUAAGCAGAAGCAUGCGAUCGCUCGCCGUGUCAUCCAUGACGCUAAAUGCACUUGCUGGUGAGAUUAUGUCUCCACCAUCACCUCUGCUUCCUCUAUGAGUGCAGUCUGGAAAAAAGUACAAAAACUGAGUGGUAAAUAUUCUCCUGACCCGGCUCCUGUUCUGCGGGUUGCCGGUGUUGAUAUACCAAACCCACUAGAUGUUGCCAAUGAAAUUGGCAAUCAUCUGGUCCGUAUUUCUCAGGGACUCCAUCUAUGCCCCUCAUUUCUUUCCUCAAAGUCUGCCAGAGUGUUAGCACCCUUGGACUUUUCUUCUCUCAGAGAAGAACAGUAUAAUGUGCCUUUUACACUUCAAGAACUGGAGGCAACACUCUCAGCUUGCUGAUCAUCGGCAGCUGGGCCUGACGACAUUCAUAUUUGUAUGCUACAACAUUUACAUCAGUCAGCCCUUGCAGUCCUAUUAUGCCUUUACAAUCUUAUUUGGUCACAAGGAGUUCUUCCACAGCUGUGGAAAUCCGCCAUUGUUCUCCCUUUCCGCAAACCAGGCACUACGGGACAUGAAGCCUCCCACUAUCGUCCCAUUGCUCUUACCAGUGCAGUUUGCAAAGUGAUGGAAUGCCUAGUAAAUAGAUGUUUAGUGUGGUAUUUAGAGACACACAACAGUCUUUCCACUCGUCAAUAUGGCUUUCGUAAGGGACGUUUUACCAUAGACCCCUUACUACGCUUGGAUACGUAUGUUUGUAAUGCCUUUGCGAAUAACCACUCAGUUAUUGCCAUAUUUUUUGACCUUGAGAAGGCAUAUGACACAACUUGGAGGUAUAAUAUUUUAGCCGAAGCCCACUCCUUAGGCCUUCGAGGCAAUCUACCAUCCUUCCUUAAGAACUUUUUAACUGACAGGCAUUUCCGUGUUCGGGUUAAUAAUGUGCUCUCCCCAGACUUUAUCCAAGCUAAAGUGUCCCCC